ACUGUGGAGGAUCACAAGCACACAACCUCUUAGCUCCACUAUCAGAUAGCGAUGACGUAACAUCACACUCUACCGAGGAUGAAGACUGGGACGACACUCGAGAACCUCUGAGCAGCGAUACAGACAACAAACACUCUGACUGCUCUAAAAGGAAGACGCCUAAAAAACAUUUGACCUGCUCAGUUUGUUGUAAAAGCUUUUUUCAAAAAAGCAAUUUGACACAGCACAUGAAAACACACACAGAGGAAAGACCAUUUGGUUGUUCAAUGUGUGGUAAAACAUUCAAUGACGAGCGAAGUUCGGUGAAACACAUGAGAACGCACACAGGCGGAAAACCGGUCACUUGCUCAGUUUGCGGCAAUGAGUUUUCACAGGUAUCAUCCUUAAAUAUACACAUGAGAACGCACACAGGAGAAAAACCUUUUAGUUGCUCAUUUUGCAAUAAGAAAUUCUCACAGAAGAUAACAAUGCUAACACACGUGAGAAUACACACCGGAGAAAAACCUUUUAGUUGCCCGGGUUGUGAGAAAAGCUUCUCUAAAAAAGUAAAUAUGGUAAUACAUAUGAGAACACACACUGGAGAAAAACCUUUUAGUUGCCCAGAGUGUGAUAAAAGAUUCGCUAUUAAGGCACACAUGCAGUCACACAUGAGAAAACACUCAGUCGAACGACCCUUUCGUUCUUCAGCGCGUGGGGAAACAUUGAACGACAAGCAGAGUUCGGUAAAACGCACAAGAACCAAAACAGGAGAAAAACCUUUCAGUUGCUCUGUUUGUGGCAAUGCCUUUUCUCAGGUAUCGUCUUUAAAUAUGCAUAUGAGAACGCACACGGGAGAAAAACCUUUUAGUUGCUCAUUUUGCAAUAAAAAAUUCUCUCAGAAGAUAACAAUGCUGACACACAUGAGAAUACACACUGGAGAAAAACCAUUUAGUUGCCCAGAUUGUGAGAAAAGCUUCUCUAAAAAAGUAAAUAUGGUAAUACAUAUGAGAACACACAGUGGAGAAAAACCUUUUAGUUGCUCUUGUUGCGAUAAAAAAUUCUCUUGUAAAUCAGCAAUGCUGAGGCACACGAGGACACACACUGGAGAAAAACCUUUUAGUUGCCCCGACUGUGAUAAAAAAUUCACUCAAAAGGCACACAUGAUGUCACACGUGAGAACACACUCGGGGGAAAAACAUUAGUUUUAACUCAUUAACUUUUUUUUAACUACUUAACUCGUUAAUGACUGCGGUCAUUUUUUUGAUGCACGAUUAAAGUGCGUGCCUCCUGUUUGACCCUCGGCCCACACCGUAGUUUGAUUGAUGCACAGUAACUCUGUAGCCACAAGCUGGAACAAAUAUUGAGCAGUAGUGUUAUUUUAUUCGGCCAUUUUUAACUAUUUAUUCCUCUUCUUCCUAUUUCUUCUUAUUAUGUCUAUUUUUUCCGUCCGCUAACUACUCCUCAACCCAAAUUUUCAGCUCACUCAGGAUGAGUUUGUUACCUACUCAGACUUUUCACAAUAUUCCCACAUUUAGUGUAAUUUCAUAUUUUCUGUCAAAAUGUUCCCAUUGAAAAUAAAUGGACAUAGUGUCAUAAUGAAGAAAUGACAGAAAGUUAACAUUAAUGAAAAAGCUAAUUAUAUAACAUUGAACAAGUAAUAUUAACCACUAUUUAACCAUAGGAUUUUCUUCAAACUCCCCCGUUGAAAGAGUGCAUGGAUCCACACCCAGACACUGUUGGUUCAAUUCCUGAUUUGAGCUCAAACUACCAAUUUGCUCUUCCUUUCAUUGAAUGUUUUAGCAUAUUUCCACAGCAUUUCAGUCCAGCUUCAGCCUGUGUUCAUUCUAAAUUUAGAUUUUUGUACUUUUUUUUAAAGCCUUUCAGUUUGGCUUCUGCUUUUGAGCAUAGUUCAGGUCAAUGACAUUCUAUUUUAAUGAUGGCUGAUGCAUUGAAUAGCCAAUAAUGAAGUUGUGAAAACACUGAUGUGCUGGUUGAUGGGUGGGCUUGUGAUAGGAAAAUGUUUUUACACCGAGUCUUGCAUUUCAAAAUAGUUUGUAAUACCAUUAAAAUGUACUAGCGUCCAAAGAGUGAAUUGUUUGAGUACCUUCAAAAAAAAAAAUUUUUCAAGACUAAAUUCACAAUAUGAGGAAA